AUGCCUACUGUUUUCAGGUUUAAUCUGCUGACGUACCGCAAGUGGAAAUGCAAAAGGAGUUUUUAUUGGAACUUUUUCGAAAAAGACGAGUCUAAAAAUAUAGUAUGUAAAAUUUGUUCGUCCAAAAUUAAGCGCCAUAUGGUUAGACAUUUUAAAACGAGGCAUCGAGCUUUAUACUUGAAAAUUCAGCCUUUAAUACAGGAAAAAACACAAUCCAAUCCUCAUACAAGGUUUACCAGUGAACGUUGUUGGGUAAAAAAAUACUGCACCGCAAUCGGCAAAAAUGAAAAUCAAUGUAGUAUUUGCCAAAAAGUCCUAAAAAUGCCAAAAGGUCAGUACGGAAAUAUGAAAAGGCAUUUGCGAUGUAUUCACGGGGACAUAUAUGAAAAAGAAAUGCAGCUAUUACAUGGUCAAAGUGAGGAUGACGGUAGAGAUGUAGAAAACGAAUCUACUACCGAAGAAGAAGAAGAGGUAUUAGAACAGGAAAUAUUAGAACAAGAGGAAGAGUUUCUAGAAGAACAUAUUGAAGGAGAAAUCGAAGCUAAUUCCGAGAUUGACGUAGAAGGUGCUCAAAGUCCCAUCCCGGAAGAAACUGCAUAUCAAGAUGUUGACCAUCUAGAUACAGACUCCGAGACAACUGACUUCGGAGAGAUUGUAAAUUUGUCUAUAAAUGACCCUAAUCUAAAAAAUAAAAUAAAAUGGCUGUCACAAAGGGUAGUACAAGGAAAGAGAAAAAUCAAGACAUGCGUAUGGAACUUUUUCAUUCCGGUUGUUGAGCAUCACCAGUACACGUGCAUAUUUUGCCACAGGGAUAUCUCUAUUUUUCCUCAGAAUAGUUCGAAUUUAAAACGCCACUUAGCCCUGAAACACAAGGAACAGUUUAAUUUAAUAAAAAAAUAUGCGCCAGAAUACAAACAAGGAAAUGAUGGGGAAAAUUUAAGUAUAUUAUUGGAAUCCCCUAAGAAAAAAGAUAUAAUUACUAAAAGCUUCGAAGCGACAUAUUUUGAGGACCAAGGGAGCAACAAUUUUAAAUGUCGAAGUUGCGAUGAAAUUGUAAACUGCCAGGAUCCAGAAAGUUUAAUUUUAUUUCAACACAUUCAUGAGAAACAUUCUGACGAAGUGAUCAGUCACAUCAACGAUACUGUGGCUGAUGACGAAGAGUUCAGCGUUCUCCUAGUGAAAAAAAAGGACAUGCAGAUUUUGUAA